CAGUUGAACUCAGUUAGGCUUCGUAAGGACAGAGAACACACGUGCUGUGUUGUCCUUUGUAAUUUGCGGCGUAGUAAGGAGCCAUCUAUUUAUAAGAAAACUUAACCUAUGUCAAUACAUUGGAGUUUUUCGUUUGUUUACCAUGAGUAUGCCGGUAUUAACGAAACAACAACAGAAACACAGCCUGUCGGCGAAGAAGACCUCUGUUAAAGGAUUGCGAAACGUUCUAGCACAACCGCAAGACAGUUUUUGGCCGAUCGUAAAAGAAUCGAAGAAACGUUCGCAACUGGAAAAUCUUUUAAUGAAGUUGAUGCCGACUGUAAAACGCCCGAACUGUACGAUUCCUUGGUCCCAGCUGAAACAAAUGGACAAGGAUGAACGAAGGAAAUUGAAGAAGGAGUCAGUUCUGAAACAAGAAUGUAUUCCUGAUGCUGAAAUACUAAAUUCAGUUGUCUUCGGUUUGAAUGCUAUUACAAGGGCUCUAGAGAAGAAUAUUAUUUCCUGUGUAAUAAUGGAUGCCAAUAUUGAUCCGCAACUUCUAGUGAAACAUAUUAUUGUUAUGGCGUGGAAUAAAAAGAUACCCAUAUUAACAUUACCCAACUUUAAAACCACUAUAUUAAGUGCUAUCGGAUUUUCAUCUGCCGCCUGUGCUCUUAAGGAUAUUGUGGCAAAGUCACCGCAACAUCAUUUUUAUCAACUCUAUAUGAAAAUGUGUGAUAUAUUUAAUGAUACACCUUUACCAAAAUAUUCGCUUCAAUUAUUUAAAGAUGUCGAAGAACAUUCACAUGAAAUAGUGGACGAAGAAGACAUGAUAAAUUUGGAGAGUGAGUCAAAAGUAAAUGUUUCUGAACCAAUUAAAUUUACAUUAUCUACGGAUGUGUAUAAAUAUAGAACAUCGCGCAAAGAGCGAGCAUUUAUUCCUCCAAGUGCAAUGAAUAACUUCACCAAAGAAAAAACCGAUACAGAUGACUUUAUUUCUCUUACUAAUUAUGACACAGACGAGUUCGACGCAAAUAUUCAUAAAAAUAUGCGGUAUAUAAAUAUUCAUAAAAAUAAAUAUAGGGGUAAAAAGAAUUUUAAUGUAAAUAAAAAUGCUGCAAAUAUUACCUACUUACCUUUGAAAGUAAAACGAUUGCAAGGUAAUAGAAAUCGCGUGAAAGCUACAAAAAUGUCGAAACAGAAGAAAAAGUGAUAAAAUGACAAUGCAUGUAUCCAAAUAUCCGAGAUAUUGGAGCUAAUAAUUUUUAUUUUAAAUUACAAUAAAUACGGAAUAUGUAAAUACAAUUGUACAAGACUAUUACCGUUUAUAUAAAUGUACAGAAAUGUAAGAAUACAGAAUGUAAGGUCUUUUUAUACAUAUAAAUACAUUAUAUACAAAACUUAUAA